GCAGAACCUGUCCGUCACAUUCUGUGCAUUUCCAGCAAUUCCGUGACCUGUCCUUUCGCAUAGAGUGGUUAUUUGUCAUGCACCCUCUGCGCCCUCCUUGACACGCUUUCUAUUCACAAUGGCGGUGGGCAGUGGGACGACUAGUAAAGGAAAACAUAACGGAACUCGACGAGCUAACACCGUCCCCAUCCAUCAAUACAUUCAAACACAUUCACGCGGAGCACGAUGCCGCCUCUAGCUCCGUAUCGCCGCUAUCCAUGUCGCUCUCGCUGUCCGGCACGUUCAGCUGCGACAGCUCGCACUUCAGCUACGACCCCGCGCCCGACGACACGGGCUGGGAGAGCCCCUCCGAUUGCGGCGCGGACGCGGUCUUCGGCGCGCAAUACGGCGACCCCGAGGAAGGCCAAGGCUGGCGCGCCGGCAGCAGGGAAGGCCCACGGCACUGCCGCGGCAGCACACUCGCACCAACACGUAAAAGCGCCGGCUUGCGCCCCACGUGGUGAAAAGGUGUCUGCGGGGAAAUCGGGACCGAAUGCGGCACGGAAUGCGGCGAAGGGUGGGCAGAGUGGGCAGGGGCGAAGGAUGUCGGACGCGAGUGAGAACCUGGCGCUCCAGCUGGCCAAGCAGCGGAAUGGAGUGCGGGCGGUGGGCGGCGGGGUUGCUAAGAAGGGGGAUGGUGGCGGCGCCGCUGCACAGAUACCACGUGGCGGGAGGUUGGGAUCUGCACAGGCUGACAGGGCUCCGUCCGUUUGUCGCCAUGCGCUGGUGGCGAGCAGGAAGCCUCUGGUUGCUGGUGCUGCGGGGAACGCCGUUCAGGGCCGUGUUGCGGCGGGUGGAGUGAAGCCGCGGCACCGCCUGGCGGAUGGGAAAGGCGCACCUGGCGGCGGCGGACGAAUCCCCGCGCAGGACGCACCGGACGGGGGAAAGGGUUUGCGGGGACAUACUGCGGCGGGAUCAGGGAGCGUUAAGUGGAAGAACGAGAAGCGGGUUGUGGGGAACAUUGGGGCAGGGACUGGUGGGAGAGGAGCGAGCGCGGAGCAGACGCACAAGGCGCGUCGUGAGGCGCAGCCGGCAGCAGGACACACGCAGCAACCCAAGCACUCGCUGAACGCGCAAGACAUGGGAAGCGGCGUUGCUGCGAAAGGCUUGCAUGGAUGCGGUGGAGGUGGCUUGGUAAAUGGUACUGACCCCCACACUGCACCCCGCACGCAGCAUGCUGCUUCUCCUCAUCACCCACCACCUCCCCCCCCUGACCAGCUGGCUCUUACUAACCAACCAACU